AUGCUUGGUGAACUGCCACUGGAAAUCCUUCGACGUAUAUUCUCACAUCUCUCACCCGAGGCUGCGCUCAACCUUUCUCAUAGCUGUCGGAACACAUACCAAGUUUGUGAUGACUGGAUCGUAUGGCGUGCCAUUGUGAGAAGAAGCGCGCGCGUCCGUACCGAGAUACCUACAGCUGAGCCUGACGAGGAGCGUGGGGAGAACAAAGACAUGAUGGGAGACGCAGACAUCGUUCGAGCUGGAUCUGGGGUGCCCGGAGGACUUGCAGCUAAACAGUAUCUGCCACAGCUUCUGGUGCUAGGAUACACGAUGGCAGCACCGGUCGAUCUCCAGGCUAUAUACAGCCAGUUCCAGGCCUUAGUCAGUAGCCAGGAGUAUCCGUCUUCGCUUGUCCGUGCAAAUGCCGACAGUAGCAGGUGGUUCGAGGUUUUGACUGAUCCGAAGAGUCGAUUUGACUCGAAAGAGUGGUUGGCGGCGCAGACUGCCAGUCUUUGCUUCGUCGUUGGCGCGCUGUCAGACUCAGGAUACGCUUAUCAGUCUGAGGAACCUUUCGCGCGGCUUGAAGACGUACAGUGGUUCAAUUCGACUGUAAAACAGCAAGGGUGCUCGGAAUCGCUAGUCAUGCAGCAUGCACUCGCAAACGCUGCCGUGGGCUCAUUUUGUCUAGAACUCCGGGCAGCUUUAUCCGGCGAGAUGACAAUAGGCGAGGAUUUCGAGGGCACCUCCAUUCCACCAACCGCUUCCAGUAUCUCAUUGACUUCUCCCAUUCCACUACCAACUCCUUACUCAUACGAGAGUCUGAAAGCUGCAUCGCCAAGUUGCUUGAUGGCAUCAGUAGCACCAGACUUCUUCACAGGAACCUCGUGGACUGGUUACAUCAGCACCAGAGGUGAUUGGCGUAGCGUGUAUCACGGGAUCGGAGGGCACAACCUAAGCGAUCUUCCAUCCUCGAACGAGCUCAACCGCAUGUCCAACAUCCCGAUCGCUGUUGACCAUGCAGUACGAUUCCAGGUUGCAGACACUCUGACGAAUGGCGACUUCAUCCUGCGGUCCAACUUUUUCCAUACUCGCAACGACAUGUAUACUUUGAUCAUGCUAGUCGAGAGACGUACCGGACGACUAUCGAUAUGUAUGUCACGCUUGGGUGAUCCGACACCGAAGUCGUUGCAGACUCAUCUGAGGAACGCACUCAAUACACCUUUUGGAAUUGUAUACGGUAUCGAACCUGGAAGCUGGCUUUGGCUUUGGAAGUCGACAUGGUCAGCCGUCGACGAGAGAGUAUACUGA